CAUACGGGUUGGUUGUGAAAAAACAAUAUGUGGAUUUCGGACAAAACAUCCCCACAGCAGCCCGAAGGCCUCAAACAGCGUGUCAUUAAAACACUGCUGUACUGCACCGGAGAAAUGCAACAAUUUCACAUUCAAAUGCAGGAUAAAUUCUUCCCGUUGCAGUUGGCUGAAUGGUGUUUGCGUGGGAUUUCGCAAGUGAUUCUGGUAAAUAACCCCUUGAGUGGAGCUCUGAUUCUGGCAGCGUUACUGCUGGAGAGCCCCUGGCAGGCUCUGCUGGGGAUGCUCGGCCUCUUGACCUCCACCUUCACAGCUGUAAUGCUGGGACAGGACUGCGAGGAGGUAUCAAGUGGCCUUUAUGGUUUUAAUGGAAUGCUGGUAGCUUUGCUGAUGGGUGUGUUCAGCUCUGCUGGUGAAUGGUAUUGGUGGCUACUGCUGCCUGUGUGUCUUGGUGGAGCUACAACGACAUUCCUGUGGAGUGGUUUGGCUCCAAUUCUGGACCGGUGGGACUUACCAGUCAGUGUCUUUCCUUUUAACACGGUCAUCCUCCUCUAUCUGGCCUGUACUGGCACCUCUAACCCAUAUUUUCCAAACUAUCCAGCCCUGCCACCAGGAGCGCCAGAGAGCACCAACCACACCCAACUGCAUGUGUCACAGCUCCUGCAGGGGGCGGUGCUGGGCAUGGGGCAGAUCUUUGCGUGUCAGGCUAUAGGGCCAUCAUUGCUCAUCCUGGUCGCUGUUCUACUUUUCUCGCCCAUUUUGGCUGUCCACUCCCUCCUCGGGUCUGUCAUUGGCACUGUGGCAGGUCUGUCUGUGUCAGUGCAGCGGGCCUUUUUGUACUCAGGCCUUGCGGGGUUUAAUGGUGCUCUGGGUUCUAUGACCGUGGUGACUUAUUUCAUCUUAAAUUGGAGAACACACCUCUUAUCUACAGCAAGUGGUGAGUAAAGCACAAACAAAACAUUAGUUGCGUUCUUUCAGUUAUUAAUUGUUCUUCCCUGUGCAGCCUUUCUUUCAUCUUACUUAGACUUUGCUUUGGGCAACCUGCUAGCAUUUGUAAGUACACAACACAUCGUAUUAUUAUCACUGUACUGUGUGGUCAGUGUUUAUGUAUUUGCCUCUUACCUGUGCAGGUGGGUCUCCCAGCCUCCAGUUGGGCUGCUACUCUCACAGGCACUUUGAUGAUGCUGCUGACAGGGAAAAACCUCAGAGAAUACAGAAUCCCAAGGGGACAAGUAACCUCCCCAGAAAUAAACUUUCAGUCCGGCAUCCAAUGGGCUGAGGCCAAUACGAAUGUCGAUGAUGUAUGAGACAGCUAUAAUUAAGAAUGCAUAGAUGCAUAGGGUAAUGUCGAAAAAGUACCACUGUGAAACUUGUUUUUACAUGAUACACUUAAAAAAGAAAAUUGGAUGCUACACAAAGUGAGUUUAAUAUUUUAUAAAUGUUAUAUAGCGCUGUGCACAUCCAUACACACGCACAAAGUGUUUGCGAGAAAGAAAAUAUCUGAAUGCUGUAAACAUGUUCCAUUAUACAAUAAUGAAAGUCUUAAAAAAAAGUUGAAAUAAGUUAACAUGCAAAAUCAAAAGUUCAUUUACCAUGAGUGUACAAAAAAACGUCAUUAAACAAUAUCUAACAUCGCCAAAAUUGAUUGUGGUUUUUUUUUGUUGAUUGCCAUGGCGAUUGAAGAAGGCUGUUGGUAAAAGUUUGAAAGGCAUAUAAGUGUACAGACGUGCAUACAAUUAGUGCAUGUGUGUAUUAAAGAAUGAUGAGUUGUGUAUUAUCAAAACCCUUCAAGAUGCACCGUGGCUCAUUAUUCUUGUAGGAGUGAUUAAGGUCAAGGGCCUUUCGAUGCACUGGAGGAGCAUUUUUAUGUGUCUGCAAAGUCUCCAUCUGCUUUAUAAAUGUCCUGAGCCUGUCCAUGACUGGCUGGAGGAAUGAUUGUGUGCAUGCUGAAUACAAAAGAGAAACAUUGUGCUUUUUGCCCCUACAUCCACACAGCAAUACAGACACUAUAGAUAAAAACAUCAUUCUUCCCAAAGAGCCAAAGACUUAUGUAAACCAACAGGAGCUCCACAUGCGCAGAGAAAGCAACAGAUGGAGUUCCCUUUCAGUUUUGAUUAGUGAAGAAAAGCUGUAAACAAGUGAUGACUGUUUAGCUCUAAUUUUUUUCUAUUGUUUCAUCAUAAUCAGAACUAUAACCAUGAAGCCCAAAGCCCUGUAAGUCUACGCAACACAAAAGUAUAAAAGAUAAAUUCACACUCAAUGCCUGUUUUUUGUUUUUUUUCUCUAAACAUUUUUUACAUCCUUAAAAAUAAAAAUGAACCCCCAAAAAAGACA